UUCAAGCGUUAAUGAAGUGACCAAUGAGAAAUAUUGUUGCAAAUGUGUUAAUUACGUCUAACUUGUCAUAAAAUCCAGAUAUUUUUGAGAAAAGGAGAAUAUUUACAAGGUUUUUAGUACACAAGCCGUGUUGACAAUUUGCUAAGAUGGAUAACAUCGACGAUAUUGAAAUUGAAACGAGGCGUCUGCUGUCGUCACAUGAUCAGCGGCGAACAAUGGAGAAGCUAACGGACAUCGAGCUGACAAGCAUUGACAGCACUGACCCCAAACCAAGGUCGUUCGCAAACACAGAUGCCACAGCCAUUUUGAUUCAGGAGGAUGAUAUUGAGACUCCAUAUGGCAACAUGCAUGUGGCAAUUCAAGGGGACCGAUCCAAGAUGGCCAUUCUCACCUUCCACGACAUUGGACUCAACCACGUGACCUGUUUCCAAGGGUUCUUCAGCUAUGCCGAGAUGCAGCCAAUAUUACGCCACUUCUGUGUCUACCACGUCAACGCUCCGGGGCAGGAGGAAGGAGCUCUCCAACUGAAACCAGAACACGAUGUUCUGGGUAAUCCUGAUUCUCUAGGUAGCAGGUUUGUCUUCCCAACUAUGGAUGAACUGGCAGAGGGCGUUCACUCCGUUGUGGAGCACUAUGGGUUGAAGAGAUUCAUUGGCUUUGGAAUCGGCACUGGCGCCAACAUCCUCAGUCGAUAUUCACUGCUCCAUCCAGACAGUGUGGACUCCCUCGCCCUGGUCAAUGCUACGGCCAGUCAGGCCGGCUGGAUGGAGUGGGGAUACCAGAAGAUGAACUCUUGGUACCUGUUCUCUGGUCAGCUGACCAACUUCACCGAGGAAUAUCUUCUGUGGCACUGGUUUGGACAUAAAACUCGCUGGGAUAACCAUGAUCUGAUAACUGUGUACAGGGAUUUUGUCAAGUCAAUCAAUCCACAGAACCUCGCUCUCUUCAUUGAGUCCUACCUGAAACGUUCAGACUUGAACAUUUUCCGGGAACUUGACCCCUUGAAGAAAAUGCAGACAAGAACUGUGAGAUGCCGGACACUGAUGCUAGUUGGAGACGAUUCCCCCCACAUGGAAGAUGUGGUCAACAUGAACGGACGCAUGGACCCACAGGAAACAGACUUCAUGAAGAUCGCUGACUGUGGAGGGAUGCCGCUUGAGGAACAGCCAGGCAAGGUCACCGAGGCCUUCAAACUCUUCCUACAGGGCAUGGGCUAUGUUUCAGGUCUUGUGAACUUGCCUCCAAGUUCACUGGCUAGGACUAAUUCCCUCCUUGCCGCAGUCCCGAAGCACUGCAGGAAGAAUCAGUCAGCUCAGCUCCUCGAACAGCCUGGGGAAUAAGACAGCUGCUGUCUGUUAGUGUGUGUCCAUCCUAGACCCCACCAUUGCUCCUCCCAGUACGUUAGCUCAGAUAGAGCAACUUAGCUAGAAGGCUGUAGCAGCUGGCUAUCACUGACCGCCAUCUUUGUCCUGUACACUAUUUUGAUUUCUCGGUUUGAGAAAGGCCGUGCACUCAUCUGUGCUGACAGGGGUAACCUUGAGUUGUGAUAUGUAAGGAGGGGGAAGGGAUUGUGUGAUAUACCCGAGCAGCUACAAUGACCCAUCACAUGACCUUUGUUUCGACUCCUGUGGUAUGUGCUGACGAAUUCCGUCGUGAUUUGGUUUGAUCAGUUUGAAUAAUGAGCUGAGAGAAACAUGAUAAACUUUCAUUGUAUGUUGUGUCACCUUGGCAAUAACAUGUGUCGGUCCUUCCGGGAAACAAACAUUAUUUGUGUACAGUGUCUUGCAUAGGAACUUGUUGCUUGUCAUUAACCAAGAUGAACAUUGAAUAUUGGAGUUCAUUUUAACUUUGAUCUGUAUUUGUUUAUGUUUGCUUGGUGAAGUUUUAGUUGUUGGAAUUUUUAUCUGAACGAGACUGUCAAGGAACAGAAUUCUCCCUUUGUAGAAAGAUGGAAAAAUGGGAAUUUCUUGAGAAAGAUGUUAUCAAAGUUUGUGAAAGUUACAUCAAAUAAGCUGAAUACAUGGAUUUGGAACCUGUUGAUAAAACAGAUACAAAACAAAUUGUCACAUUUAAUAUAUUGAUGCCACAAUUAGGGUCAGAUUUGCCACAUUAUAUGAAAUAUUUUACCUGCAAUUGUUGACAUUUUCAUGACAUUAUUGAUGACAUUAUUGAUGUCAGUUCCUUGAUGUCGGUUCCUUGCGUAACCAUAAUAGAAUAUUUUAGUGUCAAUAUUUUAACAAUGUUUUAAUAUUGUUGAUUGAUAUAAUUCUGCAAUGGCUGUGAGAUAUUCCAUGGUUUAGCUGAUGGAGCAAUUAUGUCAAAAUAACACUUAAUCAGGACUUGCUGCUAAAUGUUUGCUUGUGAUGUUGUCAAGUUUAUGCUGUACAUGCAUGUAAGAUGACUUUUGGAUGACCGACCAUACAGUGGUUUUUUGAAAGAGUUUUAACAUAAUCAAAUUGAUUGGCAUUGUCUGAUGUCUCAUUAGAUGUCUUAUACAGCAGUUGUUUUACACCUGUAUGAAUUUUAUGCCCUUUUGUAAAUAUUUUGUUUCUCACGUUUGCGAUUAUCACAUUUUCCAUUUUAUUUGCAUCGUGAAUGGAAGAUUUAACUGUGUACAGAUUAUGUCUAUUAUGUUGAGUGAAAACAUUAUCAUAAUUAUGCUGUAAUAUCAUGCAAUGAACCAAUUAGUUUCAUUUAUCUUGAUUUUAAAUUCAUGUCAUCUAGUCGAAACAACAGAUUUCCUGAAGUGUCCUGGAGCAGAUUAGUAUAUGUCAAUGGAUAUGUGAACAUCUCAUCUUGCAGUGUCUUGACCACUGUUUUUGAGCCUACACGUUCUUUUGUAUUCAUUGUUUCUUCUACGCUUAUUAAGGUCACAGUCCUACAGAAUAAUAUACACCUGAAAACUAAUAUAAGCGCCACCCCUCAUGUUUUCAUAUGUAAUGAACAUAAAUGUAUACUUUGGGAAUUAUAAAUGUAUCCUUUGAGAAUUUGGGGGCACAGGUGGCCCAGUUGGCUAAUGUGCUGGAAUUCGUUGUGCAGAGUUGCUUCCCUUAGGCGCCAGAAACCAAGGAUCGUGUUCAAUCCCAGAAUAUGUUUCUAGGUUUGUCAACUCUGUAUCAUGCUCAUGGGUUUCACCGAAGUGGUAAAUGUCAUAGACCUGCAUUACUUUGGACUCUCCUCCCAAAUUAAGCUGACAAGAUACAAAUUUAAGAAAUGGCUAUUUCGUAAGGAAAUACUGAGCAUGCUGUGCUUAACUAAUUUCCAGGUGUAGAUGUCAUUUUGACUGCAAGACCUUGCUCAUAUUUUUGUGACCAUCUUUUUGUUUUGUUGUGGAAGUUAUGAAGCAUCAGAAUAAUAAAUUAUCUAAAUAAAUAUUAACUAUGAUAUUUGAGGUAGUCUGCCCUCCAGGUGCAAGGUCUUGUCCCCAUAAUACUAUCGAGAAUACCUCAAUGAUUGGAACCCAACCAGACUGAUUUUUAACCCAUAACCUUCUUACUAUAACAGAUAUAAGCCUAAUAUAUUACCUGAUGAUUACUCCUCCGAGUAGGAGGAUCUAGAAUAUUGUUUAUUUGUGCCGAAGGCCUUGUGUAUUGUGAAGGACUUUUGUAACCCAGUGCUGAUGAGUGAUGAAUGCAUUCCAACUAUUUGUAUGUCUGCUAUGUGUGAACACAUUGAGGUGGACAUUGAUGAGAUAAGUAAUGUUCUUGAUAUAAGUAAGGCAAGACCAGUUUAGUUUCUGAUAUGACAGGAAUGUGGACAUUAAAAAGACAUUUCUUAUGUCAGGUAAUUUAAGGGAUAUUUUUCUUGAUAAUUUUUUUUUUAUAUUCUUUUUAAUAUUUAUGAAAUUUAGGGUACUUCUGAAGACAUGAAGAAAAACUGAUCUGGCCUUAUGUUUUGUUACAGUAUGUUACACGUUUGUACUUUAUUUCUCUCCACAACCCUUAUAAUACAAGAUUGUUCUUUCAAGAAUCUUAUCUUUAUAUUCCUUUUUUUUCUUUCAGACUUUUAGUGAAAGAUUCACACAGACACACAGACACACAGACACUCACGCACACGCUCACACACACGCACACACACACACACAAAAAAUUGGACACCAAAUGCCAAAAUCAAUGCAAUUUAUGUAUGCACGUUUACUAUCAAAGCACCUUUCUGUUAACUUUAAGCCUACACUUCACGAAAGGGUCAGUUUUGUUCUUUUAGGGCUUAGCAAAUAUGUUGUCAAGAUUUUUGCUUCCAUGAAACAUGAGUAACACAUAUUUUAGUGACUAUAUAUUUUAACUUACAUAUCAAACUGUGUUUUGAUCAUUCCUUUCGAUACAUUUUAGUAUUAGAAGGUUUUACAGAAUUUGUUCAGUUCAUUGCUGUGUAGAUAAGGUAGGGAGAGUUAUUGGAAAGUUCUAUGACUGCAGCAUUGUGUGUAGGAAUAUAUUUGUGAGGUUGUACUGUAUCUACUGCACGCGUCUGUAGACAAUAAACAAUGUCCUAACAUA